UGCGCGCGCGUUGAAACAAGGGGUCCAGUGAUCUAUAAAAACAGCAACCGCAUCUUAGGACUGUCGUAAACGAGAGUCUCUUGCACACGGGCAUUCUAUAUAUUAUCUCUAACGGAAAAUAGAUCAUUCUAUACAUCUGUAAGAAAGUGUUAACAUGUUUUGUAAGAUGCCUGCGAGCGUAGUCGUUAUAGCAUUUCUUUUCUUAAUUCUCGUUACAAACUGUGAAGCUCAGUUAAACUUUUCUACUGGAUGGGGCCAAGGUAAAAGGAGCCAAGAUAUGCGAGUUAAAUCGAGUAGGGAUUGUUCGUCGCAAGGUGCAUCGUUGGAACAAUUGUUAAAAUUAUAUUCGUUUAUUCAGAUCGAAGCUCAGAGGAUUUUGGAUUGCCAAACCAUGAACAAAUGAACCAGAAAAGUGUUAUUGGUCUUAUCGAUCGGACUUGUGCCGGAAUUGUCAAGCCUGAAUUAAAAUAAUGAUGUUUGGAUAGUAACUGAGUCGUCCUAUAUCUCAUAACUUUUCUUCCUAAUAUUCGAACGAUAGAUUGGCAUACAUUCAUGUAGCCAAUUCUCUAUUUACUUUGUAUAUCACACAUACAACGAUGAUCGAAAUUUCUCUGUUAAAAGACAUGAUGUAGAACUAAAUACUUUUAUAUGUUUGCCGUAUGCUUUGUACAUAACACGUAUUGUAACGUGAAUUAACAUUGAGACAAGUGGCAAACGAUUGAAGCUGGUCUUCUGGAAGAACGGCCUUGAGAACAUCUACUGUCAUAGAUUAUUUAUAAAUGUGUUAUUCCCACAAAUGUAAUCUAAUUAAACAGGCAUCAUUAUGUAUACUCUAAAAAUAAACUGAUAUCAAAAUAUA